AUGGGUAAUCUGUGUUCUUCUGGAACUGAGAGAGCAGAUAAGAAGGAUGAGAACAGAGUUCUGGAUAAGCCAAGAGAAGGGGAGGGAGAGGCACUGUUGCCUGGCGGGGAAGGCCAGGUUGCUGUCGGACCUGAUGGCGUUCAGUUGUCUGUUGAAGGUGAUGGGGGAGGUGAAGCUGCGACAGGAGAAGGAGGAUUUGGGGGGUUUCUUGGCGGAGCUGUAAAGUCUGGGGAGUCAGCGUUCAGUGAGGUGAGUAGAAAUGUUGAAGAGGAGGGCCAGAGGGCAACAGCGAAUGCUUUUCAAGCGGGCAAGGAUGCAACAGGACAGGUUGUUGAAGAGGUCCAGACUAGCGCCAGAGCUGCAGUUACUGAGGCUGGAGCGAGCGUUCAAACAGCGGUACAAGAAUCAGUUACUCGAGGCAUCGACGAGGUCAAAACACAGGCUACUGAAGUGUAUCAGAGUGCUACCGGGAAACUGGAAGGAGUGGUUGGAAAUGUUACCGGCAGUCUGAGUUCUGGUGUUGCUAGCGUUGCUGCAAGUGCUGAGAAUGAAGCUCAAACAUUAGGUAAUGAGGCUGGUAGUGUGAGGAGCAGUGCUGAACUCUCUGCUGCUAAUAUAGCCCAACAGGCUACCUCAACUGUUGACUCUGCAGCUAGCAGUGUCCAAACUGAGGCAGAAUCUUUGAGUAGGAACGUUGACACUCUUCGGUCAGAGACGGCGUCUGUUGCAACUGAGGCAGAGAAUCUGAAUUCACAGGUAGAAGUAGCUACUGAAGAAGCAGCAGUACCACCAGCUGCCACCGGAUUCUUUGGAAACGUGAAGGAAGAAUUUGGAAGGAAUGUAGAUGAAGCUCAAACAGCUGCCAGAUCUCUGGCAGAAAAUGUGGAAAACACUGCUGAGAAUAAAGCUAAUGAAGUCCUGGAGUCUGCCAGAUUGUCCGCUUCAGAAGCCUUCGCGUCAUGGGGUGAAUCGGCCCAAAAGAGCUUCAGUGGGCUGACUGGAAGCAUUAGUUCCACAGGUCAGACAGGGUCCGAAAUUAAUAAGGACUCAGCACAAGCAAUCGAAGAAACUGCUAGUGCAAGUUCCACCCUGACAGACAUUCAACAGUAUGUUCAAGCUGAAGCUGAUGUGGUUGGUCAGUCCGUUGAAGAUGUGAAAGGGAGCAUUAGUGAGUCAUUCACCAACACACUAGACAACUUCCAGCAAGAAUCCGUUCAAGGAGUAGAGCAGUUUGAGCAGUCCGCGGAUGACACAACAAAAAGCGGCGAAGACGCUGUUGUCAACGUGCGAAAUUCGUUUGGACAAAGUAUGGACCAGGUCAGGGAGUACGUCCAAGACAUCACUACGGCCAGCAGUCAGAAGCUUCAGGAGCUCAGCAAUCAAACAGCAGGGGUGGUCAGUUCAGUUCAGGACACAACAGCUGCUGAAGCUGACAGUGUCAGACGAAGCAUAACUGAAGUGGUAGGGUCUGAUCGUCUUUCUAAGGAUUUAGCAGAUGCAGAAGUAGUUUCAGAGAGUUCUGUAGAUGCCUCAGCUUCUUCACAGAAUCGGUUCAGUCAGCAGGGAAGCUCUGACAUAUUUACUGAUAUUCAAGCAGCUGCUAAAGACGCCCUCUCAGGUGAGCAAGAAGUGCGGGAAGAAGUUGUAGAGAAUUUAGAAGAUUUGGAAAAAACUGAUUCUGUCCCUCAGGCAGCAGGUGAUCUGGGUUCAGACGAAAGCUUUCUGGACAAAGCCAGGACUCUCCUGGAGGCGCACAGAAACUCGUUAGAUGGAAACAGAAUUCCUAUCCCCAGUGUGAGCAUAAUCGAGGACAAUGACGGUAGCAACACACAUGAUAGUGAUCUGGCGCAUGGUGUGGAGGGUGCAAGUCAAGAGGCAACCGCGAGAGAGUUCGUCGAGUCUAUAAUUGAGAAGGCAACAUCCCUGGUAACUGAUUCGCUGGAGCAGAAGGAGCCUGUUAGCGAGAGCUCUUCGCCAAGCGAUCCCUGUGUGGAGCGAGGAGAGGAAACUUUAGCCCCAAAGAAACGCGGAGUGAUGUUUGUAUCGCCUCAGAUGUCCGAAAGGUCGUCAUCAUCCUUGUCCUCCGCACAAGAUAUCUCACCUCCUCCACCUCACGAGUCGGACCUGUCUCCCCCGGGGGACAGUUCUAGCAGCAGCAUUUCUCAGAGCGACCUGGUGGAGGCCGAGGAACUUCUGAUCCCUCCAUCCGCACCUGCUGACUACUCCCUCAACGAAAGUAAUAACAAUAACAACAAUAUUAUCAAUAAUAACGUCGAGGAUGACGACGAGUCCAUACAGCGCGUUGCCAUGGAAGUCACGGCCAAAGCUGUGCAGGACGCCAUCAAAAUCGUCGCAGAGAAUGGAACUGGAACAAUCAUCGCGUCUGACGUCAUCAGUAACGAUGUCGGAGUCAGCUCUCCCUCCAGCCCCGAUAACGACGAGGAAGAAACGACAACAGACUCCAGUCAGGUCGAACGAGGAAGCCCAGUCUCUGACCUGACCGACACCUCAGCCCACGGCAGUGUCUCCGAGUCUCUGUCCAGCUACGACCCCGGGGCAGUGUUUCGGCAAGACGUUGCUAGUCUGUCAGACCUGGCCUCCUCUCCGGGAGACCAGAGCUCUGGUGUAGUACCCCCUGCCCAAACGACCCCCGAUGUCAGCCAGUCUUCCGGGAAAGCAGAAGAUCUAAUUGACUUUGGGGAGUUUGGCACAGCUCAUGAAGAAACGCCAACUCCAACAAACUCCUCUUCCUUCGAUACCCCCUCUCAACACCCUUACGACCAGUCAAAGUCUGAAGUCAAUCCUUCCAACCCCUUCUCCUCCGAAGUGCCUUCCUCCCUUCCUCCUCUCGAUGAACAAUCAUCUCCAUCCUCCCCCAACAAACCAAUGAUCAUUAUCAACUCACCUGAUAGCGCUCAGACAAACGGAUCCAGUGAAGACGUGUCUUCUCCACAGAAUGAAGCUCUCAUAUAA